AUGGGUUUGGCCAAGACAGCAAUGGUUUUCUUCUUUAUUAUUAAUGUUGUCUGUGUCCUAUCCAUGGCUAUGGGGAAUGUUGUUUACAAGGUUGGUGGUGCUGCUGGCUGGACUAAUAUUGGCAACGUUGAUUUCAAAUCUUGGGCUGCUUCUAAGAAUUUUCAUGUUGGAGACACCAUUCUAUUUGAGUACAACAAAGAGUUUCACAAUGUUGUCCGAGUGACGCACAAGAAUUUCAACGCGUGCAAUUCCACCGCCCCAUAUGAGACCUUUGCCACCGGCGCUGACUCGUUCACCAUAAAAAAACCCGGCCACUUUUAUUUCAUUUGCAGCGUUCCUGGCCACUGUGAAGGUGGACAGAAAGUCGACAUUAGGGUCUCUGCAGCAUCUAACUCAGCCCCCGCAUCCGCCCCUUCCCCCACCGACAGUGAAGCCGUGCCCCCGAGCCACGGCCACGGCCACCCCAGUUCAUCUCCUGUGCUGCCAAAGUUUCAAUCUCCAACAGUAUCACCCUCACCAGUUGAGGCACCUGUACCUUCUGCUCAUGCUCCUCAUAGAAAUGCUGGCGUGUCUCUCUAUUCGUCGUGGAAGCUUUGGGUUCCUGUGGCGGUUCUGUCAUUUGGUCUUUCUGCCAUUGCUUUUUAG